CAACCACGGUCCAUUUUCUUUCUCUUCUGCUGCUGCCGUCUCCUCCCCUCGGGAGUUCUUCUCGUAUCUUCUAAACGUGUUCCAGAUCUACUCAAUCUUCUUAUAUCUUGUAUAGAGCCGCAGUUGUGUUGGGGGUCUAGCCAAAUUCCAACUGCCAGCACUUGUUUAAGGGAACAUUGAGGAGAUCACUCUGGAAGAACAAAGGUUAGUUUCUCUCAGGUGAUAAGGAAAGGCAAUGGUAAUCCAGUCUGGGGAUAAUGGAAAAGAGUGUUAGCAAUUCACAGCCCCAUGAAAAGAAACCUCCAGUGGGUUCCACAUCAGCCAAUGGAGAAAAGAAGCCCAUGGAGAAAGAUGUUAAUGCACCUGCAUUUAUCAACCAAGCUGCCAUAACUUGGCAUCAGAGGAGAACAGAGUGGAUAGGGGAUCAGUCUAAAAAGUCACAAAGAGUGCCAAAAGAUCCAGUUAUAAGCUGGUCUACAACUUAUGAUGAUCUACUCUCAACUAAUGAGCCUUUUCCCCAGCCAAUUCCAUUACCAGAGAUGGUAGAUUUUUUAGUUGAUAUCUGGAGUGAAGAAGGGCUCUAUGAUUAAGUCAUCGGAGGGAAUUUAUCUAGCAACAAUGUCACUGAAUUUCAUUUAAGGUGAUUGACUAGAUUUGGUAUACAAGCCCAGUUUAGCCCACAAACCAAGACAUACUGGUGUUAUAUAUCUGGUUUACUCGGUCACAAAAUUGAUGGCAGAACAGUUCCUUUCUUUGCUAAACUUAAAAGAGGAUUACAUUUGCAUCAUCUUUAUAGAUGGCAAACUGAUAGUCUAGGGCAGCCAUGUAGUAAGUUGAGAGAGGAUAUAGAUUAGCUUCAAUCCACAGCUAUACCGUGGUUUUUUUUUUUUUUUAAUUAUCACUAAUUCCUGAGCAUGAGUGGUUGUAGUUUAGUUAGGCAAUUUUUCACCAUGGUGCUUCCUUUGUGAAUGUUGGUUACAGCAUCAGUUAGACAAAUAGCCCAUGUUACCAUUAACCUAUAGUGGUUCUAAAUUAUUUGAUUUGUAUACUGAAUAUUCCAUUUAUACCUA